AUGACCUUCGCUACUCUGUGGUACAGCCACCCCCGAAAGUUCGGCAAGGGCUCGCGCCAGUGCUACGAGCACAUCGACAGCACCAAACGCAUGAAUCACCACCGUAUAUCGACCCGCAGUAUCGACGAAGCAUCGACGCAGCUUCCUCCGCCGCCGCCGCCACUACGUCCACGACCAAGCAUGAUAUCGGUGCAGCGCCAGAGAUCCCAGAACACCUCGACCAAGCAGCAGUUCAUCUCUUCUGCUUAUGCAGAUGGCAUAUCUGUCGGAGAAAAUGGAAACGGAGAUAGUCGGCAGGAGGACAUUGGAAGCGACAUCUCUGCAGCAAAGAUCAUGUUAUUCCAGCAGCCGUUCGUUCACCGACAACGUUCGUUCCUCGACAAAGUCGUGGCGCAUCUGCCAUCGGGCUCGUCUUACAACGUUGUUCCGGGUUGGGCGACCUCGUGUCCCUCCGCAUUCUUAUUGGUCACACGCCAUCCUUCGCUUCCAAUGUGCAACGCCUCGACACUGCUCUCGAUGCUGCUCCAUGCUCAACCCGUCGGCGCCUUGUUCUGUCGAUAUGUUCGAUCGCUUAAACGUCUCGUACUGACCACAUCGGAUCUCGCUCGAUUCUCCACAAUAGCCGUGUCUGCGCCAACCAGGGUGGUAUCAUCCGAAAGUACGGCCUCGACAUCUGCCGUCAGUGCUUCCGCGAGCGCGCCGACCAGAUCGGUUUCCACAAGUACCGUUAAAGCACUUUCCGGUCUCUCGUCCAGCAACCCAUCGUCAUCCGCCCUAUCCCCCGUCUUUCUCGCAUCCAAAAGCCUCGGCCAGGGACGUUCGUCUAGACUUCACCUUCACCAUGUCCGACUCGCUCCACAUGGGUCUUGCAGCCCGAUCAUAGCCUCACGCUCGGUCGCGGCUGCCUGGUCGAUACCGUACGCGGCAGGAGGCAAUGCUACCGACGCUUGUCACUAG